AUGUCGCAGCACAGUCAAGUAUACGAACUACCGGGCGACCUCCCACCGGUGGCCGAGUUGCCAGCCGAAUACCUGCCGUCAGAAUUAUCUGCCCAUGACUUGUCCGAGCGAAACAAUCAUGGAGACUCGAGAGGGCCAUCUGCUGGCUUGAUGCCUCCAACGCCAUACUCGAACGAUCUGCUGCCAACGCCUUUCUCGGCCUUCUCUGCCAUCUCAUCGAACCCGUCGCUGAAGCCUUCCCCUCUCAACUUUUCGCGACCCAACUUCUCGCGACCACGACCAGUAGAAGCCACCUCGUACAAUUUUGGCAGUCAGGCUGGUCCCAUCCCUGAAUACGAUCCGAACAAUCGUCCGACACUUUCUCAUUCUGCUCAGACAUUUCACGAUUUUGACCUCGAAGAGANNAAAAAUGUCGAUGGGGAAGAGGACGACGAUGGUGACAGGACGCCUGCACCAUCAAUCAUGACAUAUACACAGGAAUACACUCCACGACAUAGUAUGGAUGGAGCAAGUAUAGGAGGGGCCAGCAUUGACGAAGCUGUUCCGCCUCCGAUCAGGACAUAUGCAGACUUGAGAGACAUGCAAUUGCCGAGGGACAGCACUGAUGGCGACUCUGUUGCUGAGGCCACACCACGUGCAGUACAGGCUCUCAGAGGUCCGGGAGGCUUCAACCACGAUUUCAGCACCUUGAACAUCUCAAGAGGUGAUAGCAUUUACGAAGACUUUCCCAUACCCNCUGGCACAGUUGCUCCAGAAGAGCAACUACGAAAAGACUCGCAGGCACUGCCGCCGCAUGUCAGAGCGAUCGUCGACGAUGCCACUUCUUCAUCCUCCGGACAGAGCGCGCAUCCCCUGGCGCGCACGAACACUACAAGCUCAAUGGCUAGCAGCUUUGACGAGGCCGCACCACCUCCUGUAUCGACACGGAGGCACCAAUUGCCACAUAUGGACACCGAGAGCUCGAGAGGAACCAAGUCUUCCAAUCAGACAAAGACGUCGAGGGUGGACAGUGUUGUGGAUCCAUCUCCCGGCAUUCCACCAAGAAACGGUGCACGCAAAGAGCCUUUGGCAGAGUCUGGCGCACCAAAACUGCUCAUAUACAAGCCCUACCUUGAUUAUGCAUAUAGUCAACCAUCAACUUCAACACGCACAUCCGCAAGUCAAGAGGAGAGCAAUUCAAACUCUGGGAUAGACAGCGACCGGAGAUACAGCUCGGCAGGCAGUGAGGCCAGCUCAGUGGCCGAUCUUGCUUUCAAUGGUCAACUAGGCUGGAACCCACGCAGCGACUCCAUCUCUGGCAAGGAAGCUCAACGUCAGCAGCGAUGGUCAGGCUCCUUCACGAACCCCCUGAAACUAGUGACUUCUCGGUCCAAGGGCAAGGAGAAGCAACAGACGCCAAUGCCAACGAUGCAGGAACAGCCAUUACGCCAGGGCUCGAAUACAAGCUCGCCGAACGCUCUUUCGCCAGCGUCGAGCAGGGCAUCCACAGGCACGGGUAGCAGUGCUUCCAGCAGAGCACCAACCAUCCCUGCACGUAUCCCACGCAUCGUCAAACGCACAUCCAUUGACCAAUUGUCCGAGCACGUCAAUCCCUGGCAAGGCGAGAGCAUGAGUGAUCGCGGCAGCGUCUCCAGCAACGAGUGGACGAGCAGCGAAGUUGAUACCUCGAGCCUGAGUGUGGAGAAGAUACACAAACUCAAGAAGAAAGGAAUCAAUCCCGCUUUGUAUAUCGAGAUGCAGAAUGCGCGUAAAGGAAAGAACAAGUGGAUUAGUCCUUUGCAGGGCAACUCGUUCAUCUCUUGA